CUAGAAGCUGUUAGACGCAGAAGAGCGCAAGCCACCUUGAAUAUACAGUGUAUUAUUGUUUAAAGAAAUCGGCUACUCCCAGCCACACUGAAAAUGGUGCUAGAAACUGCGUACUAUGAUAUAUUGGGAGUGAAGCCAAAUUCCACCCCAGAUGAGCUGAAAAAGGCUUAUAGGAAACUUGCCCUCAAGUAUCACCCAGACAAGAAUCCCAAUGAAGGUGAAAAGUUCAAACAGAUUUCCCAGGCUUAUGAAGUGCUUUCUGAUGCCAAGAAAAGAGACUUGUAUGAUAAAGGUGGUGAGCAGGCAAUUAAAGAGGGAGGCAUGGGAGGAGGAGGAGGCUUUGCAUCGCCAAUGGAUAUCUUUGACAUGUUCUUUGGGGGCGGUGGAAGAAUGCAACGAGAGAGAAGAGGUAAAAAUGUAGUUCAUCAGUUAUCUGUGUCACUUGAAGAUCUGUAUAAUGGUGCCACAAGAAAACUUGCUGUGCAGAAGAAUACUAUCUGUGACAAAUGUGAAGGUCGUGGUGGCAAAAAAGGGGCUGUAGAAUGCUGCCCAAAUUGCAGGGGCACUGGCAUGCAUAUAAGAAUUCACCAAUUAGGACCUGGAAUGGUUCAACAGAUACAAUCCGUAUGCUCAGAGUGUCAAGGACAGGGAGAGAGGAUCAAUCCAAAGGACCGUUGUAAGAGCUGCAAUGGGCGAAAAAUAGUCCGAGAAAAGAAGAUUCUUGAAGUUCAUAUUGACAAAGGAAUGAAAGAUGGUCAGAAGAUCACAUUCACUGGUGAAGGGGACCAGGAACCAGGACUAGAGCCUGGGGACAUUAUCAUUGUUUUGGACCAAAAAGAUCAUUCUCUUUUUACAAGGAAACAUGAAGACCUAGUUAUCCACAUGGAAAUAGAGCUUGUGGAGGCACUAUGCGGGUUUCAAAAACCUAUUGUUACAUUGGAUUCAAGGACAAUAAUUAUUACUUCUCAUCCUGGCCAGAUUGUUAAACAUGGAGAUGUAAAAUGUGUAUUGAAUGAAGGCAUGCCAAUCUAUCGUAGACCAUAUGAGAAAGGACGUCUCAUUGUUCAAUUCCAGGUCAACUUUCCAUCCAGUAAUUUCAUUUCACCAGACAAACUUCCUUUGUUGGAAAAGCUCCUGCCUGCAAGGAAAGUGGUAGAAGAGACCGAAGACAUGGAGCAGGCUGAACUAAUUGAUUUUGAUCCAUCUCAGCAAAGGCGUAGACGUUAUAAUGGUGAAGCAUACCAUGAUGAUGAUGAUGACGACCACCCAAGAAGUGGUGUUCAGUGCCAGACUUCAUAAAUGACGUUCAAUUUUUCCCCCCCUCAAACUCGGUGCUCUGAAGCUGUAAAAAGAGGAUGAUCCAGCAGUUAAUUUUGCUCUAAAGGUGCCUAGAACAAAUGCAAUCCAUCAUUUUAUGAAGUAAUAUAUUAGGCCUUCCUAUCACUGACCACAACCAAAUUAAGUAUCUCUCUUGUAUGUUAGGACUAUCUGGUGCACGUGCUACAUGUUUUAAAACGACUGUUUGAAGAAUUGUGAUAAAUUAAACUGUUGUGCAACAGUGUA